AUGGCGUCUCGCCCGCGGCGUUCUGCCGCUACAAAAGCAAAUGAGUCUAUCUCGGUUCAUGCAAAAUGGGCUGACGCUAGUGACAGAAGUGAGCGCAAUACAAUGAGCUCCCGCCGAUCUGGCCGCACCUCUGGUGAAGGUGCUUCACGGGACCUACCCUCGUCCCCCGACGAAAGCGUUACGGUCAAAACGACGUCCAGAUCCACCCGUGGUGCCGCCAAUCGACGAAGUGAUCGUUUUGACGGAGGCGAGAUUGUCCAUGGCACUAGAAAUCGUGGGGGCAGGAAGAAUUAUGUAAUUGACUCUAGCCCCGAUGACGAAGAGGAGGAGGAGGAGGAGGAGGAGGAGGAGGAAGAGGAAGAAGAUGCUGAAGGUGACGAUAUUGAAGAUGCAGAUGAAGAUGCUGAAGGGGAGGAAAUGGAGGUUGAUGUCGAGGGAGACGACAUUGACGCUGAGGGAGAGGAGGAUGCAGAAGGGGAUAUUGAUAUGGAUACGCCGGUAGUCUCGCGUACGAUAAGAGUGUCGCAGCCAGCUCCCAGGUCUGCUGCCAAAGUCGCUGCUACCAAGAUGGCGGUUGACGAGGAUGAAGACGAGGAAGACGACGACGACGAGGAAGACGACGACGACGAGUUGAGCGACCCUGCCGACAGUGAGGAAGGUGACCAAACAAUGGGAUUUGGUGAUGAGACCAUGGCCGAUGAGGACGCCGAGGGGGAAGAGAUAGAGGUGGCCGGGGAAGAUGAUGAAGAGGAGGAGGAAGGGGAAGGGGAAGGAGACGAAGAUGCGGAAGGCGAAGAGGUUGGCGAUGCUGGCGCUGAUAGUGAUGGAGGAGGCACUCGGGAAGGAACUCCUGAUCUUACCAAAAUGACGAAACGCCAGAGGGCAAGAUUUGAAGAGGCACCCCAGGAAUAUAUGAAGUUGUCUGAUGAGGUCCAAGUGAAGAAGCACUUCACUGCUGAAGAGCUGUCCAUGAGACGGCAGGAAAUGGCUCGUCGUCGUCGCAACCUCAGCGAGAAGCGCAACGAAGAGGUCAAGAUGGAAACUAUCAACAAACUCUUGAAGAAGCAAGCACCAAAAAUUAACCGCAAGGCAGCAGCAGCAGCAGCCCGGGCUGACAGCCCGGCCGAGGAAGCCUACAAACCCGAUCCUACUCUCAUACGGUGGGUGAAUAAUAAACAUGGAAGCAGAGUAUCGGUACCUGAAGAUAUCAUGACCGGACCGGUUGGGAGAGUUUUCUUGAAGGGCGGCGGUUUGGUAACCGGAAAGUUGGUCCAGGAAAUUCCUUGA